UUGUAUUCAAUUUUAAGGCAUGAUUAUGCUGUUUCUCACUGUGACUGGUGAUUUUUACAAACAAUAAAAGCAGGCUAGCAUUUUCACAUACAUUAUAGCUAGAAUAAUCCAUUGCUUUAAAAACAAUUUUGGGGUCACUUUUUGGAUUUGGUAUUUAAUAAACAUGUCUUCUUAAGUAACUGAAAAAAAUACGCAGUGGUUACUGUAGGCUGUAAAAUGAAAGAGAAGCUUAGCUUUACUGUGGAGUCUGAAUCAGGGUGUAACCUAACUAGCUAGAGGAUAUGCAAUUCCUGAUUGACAGCAGGACCAGCAUUAUGCAGAUUUUGUGAGAGAGAACUGCAGCUCAGAAACAGUGAUUAAGGGGCUCUGUUAGGAAUCACUACAUUCACCACUUAAAUCUUUAGUUUUUCAUUUCCCUGCCUACUGGAUUUGUAAACAAAUAGCACAAAACAGUUCCUCUUUUGUUUUUAUUAAAGUGGUACUGCAGUGCAGUUUCAGUCUAUCAGCUAGGCAUACAUGUGUGGAAAUUCGAUAUUCUCAAUAAAUUAGUCAAUUUUUAGAUGGGUUUCAUGCUUGUCUUUAGACCUUUGUAUAUUAAAUCCUAUCUCGAGCUGUUCUCUUUAUACACAAGUGUGUUUUACUUGUGCCUUCCUGUCUUCUUCAGUGAGAAGCUUUAUGUAGGUCAGGCUUGGCUUAAGCAGAUUUCCUGAACCUGCGUCAGCUUAAGCUGGAGGAAUUUUAAUAAACCCUCCCCUGUAGGCGUGGGCCUAAAUGAGGCUAGCCUAGUUAAGCCUGAUCUUUUUCUGUUUGUGAAAAGAGCUGAGCAGAGCUGAAGACUGCUUGGUGGUUUCAGAAACUGCCUACUUAAUUUGAAAAGAACAAUGGUAGGAAAGGCUAGAUCUUCCAAUUUUACCUUAUCUGAGAAGCUUGAUUUGCUAAAGCUUGUGAAGCCAUAUGUUAAAAUUCUUGAAGAACACACUAAUAAACAUUCAGUUAUAGUGGAAAAGAAUAGAUGUUGGGAUAUCAUAGCAGUUAACUAUAAUGCAAUUGGAGUAGACCGCCCUCCUCGAACAGCGCAGGGCCUACGCACCCUUUACAAAAGGCUCAAAGAAUAUGCCAAACAGGAGCUAUUGCAGCAAAAAGAGACCCAAUCAGAUUUUAAAAGCAAUAUUUCUGAGCCAACCAAGAAAGUUAUGGAGAUGAUUCCCCAGAUUUCCAGUUUUUGCCUGGUAAGAGACAGGAACCACAUACAAAGUGCAAACUUGGAUGAGGAAGCACAGGCUGGUACCAGUUCACUACAGGUAAUGUUGGAUCACCAUCCAGUUGCUAUUACUGUGGAGGUGAAGCAAGAAGAAGAUAUUAAGCCACCUCCUCCAUUGGUUUUAAAUUCUCAACAGAGUGAUACUUUAGAGCAAAGAGAAGAACAUGAAUUAGUACAUGUUAUGGAAAGGUCUUUGUCACCAUCACUUUCCUCAGUUGAUAUGAGAAUGACAUCGUCUCCAUCUUCUAUCCCAAGGAGAGAUGAUUUUUUUCGGCAUGAGAGUGGAGAACGCUUUAGGUCACAAUUAGGGUAUGAUCCUCAGAUUCUGCAAAUGCUGAAAGAGGAACAUCAGAUAAUUUUAGAAAAUCAAAAAAAUUUUGGAUUAUAUGUUCAGGAGAAGAGGGAUGGAUUGAAAAGAAGGCAACAGCUAGAGGAAGAACUGCUAAAAGCAAAAAUUGAAGUGGAAAAGCUAAAAGCUGUUCGCUUACGGCAUGAUCUACCUGAGUAUAAUAGUCUCUAGGAUUUCUUUUUUUCAAUCUUGCAAUUUGAGAAUUUUAAUUUUGAAAUUAAAUUGUUUUCAUUCAGGAAUAUCCUGAACCAAAAUACAUAUUCUUAAAAAGUAUUGGUAAUAUCUAUUAUGAAAAAAACUUGACAUGACUUUCUAGUUAUUUCAUUUGCUUUGGAUCUAUUAAAACUUACUGAUUUGACUCCAUGGUUAUAUGUUAUUUUUGUCUUCUCUCACUUUUUUCCUAAGCUAUAAUUGUUAACCUUAUAAAAAGUGCUUUAUUUUGAUCAUAAAAAUUAGCAUACAUAAAUACAGGCCAAAUACAUAUACAUAUUUUUUCAUAUUUCUUAUCCUUCAAGAUUUUCAAUUAACACUAUGAAGGCUGUAAUUCAAGGUUUUUGAGUCAUUCAAAUUUAGAAGCAGUAUUUGCCUAAUAGAAACUUGUCAAUAUGACAUUGAUUUUUAUGCUUUCAAUAUUUGAAGGAAUAAGUCCUAGGACUUUAGAGAUAGAAGGUAUUUGGAGAAGGUAUUUUCUCACCAAUUAGAGGUAAUGAAACUGAGUUGCAGGGGGAACUUAGUGACUUACUUGAUGUAACAAAAUGAUUUAUGGCAGAGCAAGGACCAGCAUUCAGUUUUUGUUUCUCAAAAUUAUCUCCUGUCAUUCCUUAAAAGUAAAAAUCCACUAAAAUAGUCUCCAUAUUUAAAAAUUGGAUCUAUUUAUUUUGUUAAAAUUGUUUUUAAAGAUUGAUAGUUUAUGAAAUCUGGAAAAUUGUAUCCAUUACCCAAUGCUUUUUUUAUCUAGUAGAACAAACAAGCUAUUCUAUUGGAGUUAUUAUAUAUGUUGACGGUAAGAUUUAAUAUAUCUUAAUUCACUUAAAAUCUUACUCUGGAAGCUACUUUCAUGGUAAAAACCACAGUAAAAAUUUAGGUGAAUAAGACUGAAAUUUUACUUAGAAUAAUAUUGUCAAAAAAUCAUGUUUGUAAUAUGUGAUAGCAUCAUUAGUCAUGCUUUUUGGUACACAUUGCUAUGUUAGUAUUUGUGGAAAUAAAUAAAAACCUUGAUUUUUAAGUUAUACAUAUUUAAAUUUAUGAUAAAUCUUCAGUUACUUAAGGAUUUUAAUUUUUGUUGGAGCUCUGUUGGGCAAAGAUUUUUGAGCCAAACUUUAGAAUGCUGUAGGUAGAAUUUCAACACUAUGGAUAGAAAGGAUGUUUAAGAGUAAAUAGCUUAAAAGGCAUAGAGAUGGAGGAAAGCAAAUCAGACUGUACAAGCAUAGAAGUAGUGCUAACUCAGGUGAUUUAAACGAGUGUAGAGAGAACCAAUUAGGCUGUGAUAACCUGGAUUAGGAUAUCUUUUCCUUUAUUAAAUAGGGGUAGCUACUCUUUUACAUGCAGGGAUAAGCCAGAAAUCUACAUUUUUAUUUGCUAUUUUACAUAUUUAAAAUGGUUGCGAAUUAGUCAAAAUGUUUCUAAAACACUAAACUUGUGAGAGGAACUCAUUUACCAUUGGGGUUUAUAGCCUUUGGAAUAGAGCAAUCUUGGUCACUUCAGAAUUUGUGAUUCAGAAACUGGAGGCAAGAAUCCAGAAAUCUGCCCUUUGGAGACUCUGCUGAAACCAGAAGAGUAGUAGAGUAUUUGGAAACCUAACUUGGUGACUGAACCAUACUAGAUUUUCAAAAAAUUUUGUUGAAAAGAGGAGUUGGUGAAAGGGUAUACAUUUUGGAAGGUGGUUGAUGCCAGAUUAUGGAUUACAUUAAAUGCUUUUUUUGAGGAACGUGAAUGUACAAUAGGAAGCCAUCGCAGGCUUUUGAUUAGGGAGCUAUGGCUAGAGUUCUAUUUUAGUGUUGUAAUAUCAAGAUUUAGGGGUAGUGAGAGGAAAUGAAAAAUUUAGGUUAUGGUUAUAGAUACAAAAAUAAAAUGGACACCUUUACACCAAUCAACAAUAACUUGAUUGCUUAAUUUUAUUGACGGAAAUAAAAAGGCAUUUUAUAUCUGCUAGAGUUAAAUAUUUAUUGUAAAAAUACCUUGAAUGUAUAAUGUGAUAAAUCCUUUUGAUAAUUUCAUCUUUUAGCUGUGCUGUGACUUCUUUGAAUCUAAUGAAUCUUAUAAUUCUAAUUUGAAGUUAAUGUUUUUACAAUAUAAUUUUAGUAAAUUCAUCUUUACAGUACUAAGCUUUCUGAAAUUAUUGAAAGCAAUUACAAUAUGAAAUUAAUUCAUAUUACAAUCUCACUGUUAAUACUCAGAAUUGAUAAUGAUUUUUUAAUUUGAAUGUUGAUUUGGUGCCACUAAAUCUGAGUUCUGUGUUCAAAAGAGUGCAACAUACAUUUUUUUCUGUGUCGUCAUUAAGUUCUAAAAUCAAUGUGGAAGGUAAAAAUGUAUAUGUAGAAUUGCCCUGAAAAUUCUUUUGCUGCCCUUUGAAUAGUGUAGACAAGGGCUACAGUCAUGUUUUUCUCCAGCAUUGAUCAAGAUAGUUGUUUCUUUGGUUCUGUCAAGUGACAUUUAUUAGCUUUUAGGAACUGAGUAGGAUAAAAAACCCUUUUUUUAAAAUAUAUUUCUAGAAAGACUGUACUCACUGCAGUAAGCUAGGGCAGCUGUUUUCCUGAGUUAGUCUUGUUUGAUUUUAAUUUGCUCUGUUGUGUAGUCACCCAUGUAACAAUAAUUAGCAUAAUAAAAGUUUAUGAGAAUUCCUGUACAAAGGAAACUUUACUUAUUUGACCACUCUUUUAGAGGAUGCUUAUUAUCAGAGUAUCUUCAAGGAAAUUCUGAGCUAAUGCUUUUUUGGAGGGUUGGGGGAGCACAGAUAAUGAAACUUUUGAGUCUUUUGACUUACCAACGAUUAUCAGCAAUUUUUGCUGAGGACAAGUUUCACUAAAGGGAAGGUAUAGGAGCAAAUUCUGCUAGUACCAAUGGGAUACAGCUGAAGUUUCCAGAUAUCCUGCAUAGCAUAGAAAACUGUGUGGGACUAUGAGAUUUACCCACAAAAUGUAAUGCUAGAAAAACAGGGGAUAAUGAUUUUAUAUUUUAAAUGUAGAUUUGAUUCUGUACAAAUACAUUAAGUUUGAAAAGUAUGGUAAGUCAAAAGAUUAUUUCAACUAAUAUGUUAGUAAUUUAGGUAAUGGAUAGGUUCUUUUUCCACCUUUCAAUUUUAUUCAUAUGAAGUCAAAUGAAUACAUUGUUACUUUCAUGGCUCCUGAUUUUUUAAACUUAGAUAUGAUUUAUGCAUCUUGAAAGAGUUAAUGAAGCCCUUUAAUAUCUAAGAAGUGCCAACAAAUUUCUUAAAACAUUCAAAUGAAGUAUUUUUUUGUAUAAUGAGACAUCAACUUGGGUUACUUCAUUUUUGAAAGAUUCACUUUGCCCUCUUCUGUCUUUAUGUGAAAAUGUUUAAAAUAUGAAUUGUUUUCCUUGUGCCUUCUUUUAAUGUUAAUUUUUAGAUAGACAUUUUAAAAUUUAGAUUGUAAUAAAUUGUGUUUAAUGUACUGUAGAUGAUGGUGGCUAUAUGCUUUGUUAAUAUAUAUUCUCUUGAAUACAAGGUAAUACAUUGUACUAAUUUGUGUACUCUGUGUGUGCCAUGAAACAAAGAAUUAAUACUACAGAGGUAAAAUUUUUGAUGAGGCAUAACAAAUUUAUAUAGACUGUUGUGUUGUAAUAGAUACCAAAUGUACCAUGUCUAAGUAUCAUAAUAUAUUUAUUUUUUCAAAUGUCAAGAGACCCAUAAAUUCUCAAAAUCAAUUAUUUGAUGGUGAAUUUGGUUGUAAAUAUUUAAAUCAUUAGAUGAAAUAUGGUUGCAGUACUUAAGAAAUAAGAGUAAAUUCUUAAUAUGUAAUCUAAUUAAACAUAAACAUGGAUGCUCAAUCUUUGAUUUUGAGAAAC